GCCAACCUUCUUACCAGAGAGUUCUUUACCGGCCAAAAUUCCUUUUAUGGUCCAACUCCAACUUCUUGCCGGCCGAUUUACAAAAAAAAAAGAGAAAAGAAUCUUUGUUUUUUUCCCACGCAUUUUCUCUCUCCUCCGUCCCGCACCACACUCAAACACCAAUCAUACUCGGAAAAGGUAAACUCUUCAAAUCGCCGAUUACUCCUUUUUGCCAGUGGAAACCAGAAAACAAAAAAUCGCCUGUGCAAGGUUAAAUCUUGUCCCGGCAAGCGGCCGAAUCUGGAAUUUGUGCUCCGGGCGUUUCCCUUUGAACCGAUUGAUUUAUAUAUGCUUUGAUGCGUUGAGCUGCAAGACUGUGAAAAAAUUCUAGGGUUCUUCGUUUAGAAUGAAGCCCAUGGAGACCCUUCAAGAUCUGAUCGAAGAAGCCAAGCUUCGAGCUGUUUGGUGGGCUCUCUGUAUAUUCUCCGUUUGCUACUUCUUAACACACACUAGUAAGUCAAUGUGGAUGAAUCUGCCAGUGGCUAUAUUGUUGGUUUGUGGGCUCAGGAUGCUAUUGAAGGAGGUGGAAUUUUCUUGGAGAAUUCAGAAUGUUAGACCAAAGACAUACUUGUCACAUUUAGGAAAGAAGCAACUAUGUAUAGAUGAUUCUCGGCUACCGACAUCGCCGCCGCUGCCAAAUUGGAAGAGCAAAAUUGAUUCACCCCUUGUGGAGUCAGCCAUGGAGGAUUUCAUUCAGAAGCUUUUGCGCGAUUUUGUAACAGACCUGUGGUACUCUGUUAUCACGCCUGACCAGGAGGCGCCUGAGCUAAUACAUGCUAUAGUCAUGGAGGCUCUUGGAGAAAUUUCACAUAGAGUUAAACAAAUAAACCUUGUUGACUUGCUGACCAGGGAUGUGGUGGACCUAAUAGGGGACCACUUGGAUCUUUACCGAAGAAACCAGGCUUCAAUUGGCGUGGAUGUUAUGGCAACUCUGUCUUCUGAAGAGAGGGAUGAGAGAUUGAAACACCACCUGCUGACCUCACAAGAACUUCAUCCUGCUCUAAUAUCUCCAGAGUGUGAGUACAAGGUCCUCCAGCGGCUCAUGAGAGGAGUCCUAACUGUAGUUCUGCAACCAAGCGAAGCUCAAUGCCCGUUGGCUCUAUGUAUAGCUAGAGAAUUGCUAACAUGUUUGGUUAUGCAACCUAUUUUGAAUUUUGCAAGUCCAGGGUAUAUCAAUGAGUUGAUUGAAUACAUUCUCCUUGCAAUUAAUGACAAGGGGGUCACAGGUACAUGCAAUACCCAGUCAUCCAAUUCAGAGAGUCAUAAUCAUGAUCUAAUGGGUCCUUCCAAAACAAUGCACUCUAAAUCUUCAUUAUCAUCUAAUAAAGCGGAUGAUCAUCAUCAGCAACUAUUGUCAUCCUCUGAAGGUUUGGAGAGUAACUCAUCUAAUAUAAUAACUCAAAAAGAUGAGCGUACGCCUCUUCAGCCUGCUGACUGGGCACGUGUCCUUGAAGCAGCAACUCAGAGAAGAAAAGAAGUUCUUAUGCCUGAAAACCUUGAGAACAUGUGGGCCAUUGGAAGAAAUUACAAAAAGAAGCUCCAGAAGAAGGAUCUUCAAGUUCAUGUGAGACAGUCACUCCCUAGGCGUCAUCCAAACUUUAAACCUCCUACAGAUCAGAGUAAUACUUUUGCCACAUUAAUUAGCCAUGAAAGCAGAGGAACCACAAAGCUUAAGAGAUCAAACAGCACUUCUGAUUUGAGUAGUCAACCAAAUAUGGAAGGGCCUGUUAUUUCAGAUUUUUACACCCCAGAAUCUAGAGGGAAUGUUGAAGUGCACAGUACCGAAUGGGCUUCUUCAGAAAUGGUUUUACAAAGUGAUGUACAUCAAGUACCAAAGCUCAAGUGCCGGGUUGUAGGAGCAUAUUUUGAGAAAAUGGGCUCAAAAUCUUUUGCAGUUUAUUCAAUUGCAGUGACGAAUUCUAACAACACUUGGUUUGUAAAGAGAAGAUACAGUAACUUUGAGAGAUUGCACCGGCACCUGAAGGACAUUCCAAAUUACACUUUACAUUUGCCUCCUAAAAGGAUUUUUUCUUCAAACAUGGAGGAUGCUUUUGUUCAUCAGCGUUGCCUUCAGCUUGAUAAGUAUCUGCAAGACCUGUUGUCAAUUGCUAAUGUGGCUGAGCAACUUGAAGUGUGGGACUUUCUGAGUGAUUCCUCUAAGAAUUACUCCUUUGGGAAAUCAUCUUCCGUGAUGAGAAGCUUGGCAGUUAAUGUGGAUGAUGCUAUGGAUGACAUCGUGCGUCAAUUUAAAGGAGUCUCAGAUGGUCUAGUGAGGAAAGUUUCCAGCACCCCUUCCUCCUAUGAACCGGUGGCUGCCAGUUUAUCUGGUAGCUCUCAGAGAGAGACACCAUGGAGUGGUGAUGAAGUUGGCAAACUGGCAUUGACACAAAGUACGUCGGAGUCGGCUAACAGUUAUAAUUCUGAUGAUGAUAUAGGCACCAAGAUUGGGACAGAGUCAAGUCCACUAGUCAAUGGAUGGCAUUCUGACAAUGAAUUGAACUCAAAAGAGUUCCCACCCAGAGUGGUUAAACACGACGAGAAGUUUAUUGGAUCAUUUAGCCCUGAAGCAUGUUCGGCAAUUGUGCCAAGUCAACCACUCGAUCCAAGCAGGGUGCCCCCAGAGUGGACCCCUCCUAAUUUAAGUGUCCCUGUUCUGAAUCUGGUGGACAACAUUUUUCAGCUAAAGAGAAGAGGUUGGUUAAGGAGGCAAGUAUUUUGGAUAUCGAAACAAAUAUUACAGUUAAUGAUGGAGGAUGCAAUUGAUGAAUGGCUGUUACAGCAAAUUCAUUGGCUUCGGAGAGAGGAUGUAAUCGCCCACGGAAUACAAUGGGUCCAAAAUAUUUUAUGGCCAGAUGGAACUUUCUUCUUGAAAUUGAAUGCUCAAAGCGAAAUGAACACUGGUCAGCCAAAUCAAGAAGUGGAAUCUGGGAUUAGGGUGGCCUUCAAAGAAGGAUCUUUUGAGGAACAGCUUGAGGCUGUGCGCCGAGCUAGUGAAGUGAAGAAGAUGCUUUUCGAUGGUGCUCCCGCCACUUUAGUAGGCUUGAUCGGUCAUAAACAGUACAGACGAUGUGCCCGAGAUAUAUAUUAUUUCCUUCAGUCUACUGUCUGUUUAAAGCAACUGGCAUUUGGGAUCCUCGAACUCUUGCUAGUUACCAUUUUUCCCGAGUUACACGACACCGUGAGAGAUAUCCGCGCUCAAUCUCCGUAAGGGGCACCUUCGUCUUUUUACUUAUUAAAAAACAAAGCGAAAGAUAUCCAUGAAGCGUCUAUGGUGCUGCCGGGCAGUCAAAUUCCAGAAUGAUGAGUCUGAAUGCACACAUUUGGUGCUGUUUAUGCUUCAUAUAUUUGUACAGAUUGUAAAAUAGAUUGUUGAUGUAUAGGGAACUUAUUGGUGCUCAAUUUUAUUUAUUUAUUAUUGUCACAUAUUUUAUUGGGGUGGUGUGCAUUUGUAGCUCUGAAUGACAGUAAAGCUGCUAAAUUUUG